CACAUGCUUAUCACGUUCAAAAGCCCAUAAUUGCCUUGCAAUUUCUCAAAACAGAGUCCCCAUUAAUUCAAACUCUGAUUUUGAGAAGAUUCUUUCAUGUUCUUCAAAUGACAAAGUGUUUCUUCUUCAGUAUCGUAGAGACCAAAAAUUGGUUCCAUCGUUAUAGCUUCACCAAAUCCGGUCUCCGAUCCACCAUUACAGAUCUCAAAGACGGCACCACAGUUCAUUGUUGGGUUCCCAAAAACCCAAUUCACACCAAACCCAAUCUCCUUUUAAUCCAUGGUAUUGGAGCCAAUGCACUUUGGCAAUGGGGUGAUUUCAUUCCAGCUCUCAUACCUUAUUUCAAUCUCUACAUCCCUGAUUUGAUCUUCUUCGGCGACUCGUUUACCACUCAGCCAGACCGGACUGAGUGGUUUCAAGCUCAGUGUCUAAUACGAGUCAUGGAGGCUAACACGGUGGGGAAAUUCAGUUUGGUGGGGCUUAGUUAUGGAGGAUUUGUUGGGUACAGCAUCGCGGCGCUGCGGCCUGAAAUGGUGGAGAGAGUAGUGAUUUGUUGUUCUGGGGUUUGUGUGGAAGAGAAGGAUUUUAAAGAUGGGUUGUUGAAAGUUUCUGCUUUGGAGGAUGCUACAGCCAUUUUGGUUCCCCAAAAGCCAGAGAAGCUUAAACAGCUAGUGGGUUACUCCUUUUUCCGGCCGCCGCCGUUGCGGCUGAUACCUUCUUGUUUGCUCAAUGAUUUCAUUGAAUCAAUGUGUUUAGAUCAUAUUGAGGAAAAGAGAGAGUUGAUUCGAACUAUUCCCAGAGGAAGAAAGCUUUCCGACCUUCCAAAGAUUCAACAGCGGACGAUGAUAAUGUGGGGAGAACAUGAUCAAGUAUUUCCAUUAGAAUUGGGUCACAGGUUGAAAAGUAGGCAUUUGGGAGACAAUGCUACGCUUGUUGUUAUCAAGAAUACAGGCCAUGCCUUCAACUCAGAGGAGCCAAAGGAGUUUCUCAGCCAUUUGAUUUCAUUCCUAGUUGAUCCAUAGCCUCCUCUCCUCAUCAAUCAAUGAACGUCAAGCAGUUCAAAUGCACAAACAACAUGAUCAAGAAACAGAUAAUGAGCAACGUCAAAAGCUGGAGUGAUUUAAUGAUCGUUAAUAGUACAAUAACAAACAAGAGAAGAAAUAUACCUCAGCCAUAGCUCAAUUGGUUCAUUCGUCCAAAUCUAAUGUUGAAAAUACAUUAAAACAAUUAAAUUUGUUAUAGAAAUUUCUGACAUUUUCCAUUUUGACCCUUUUGUUCCGAGUUCUAGAUUCAGAAAUCUUUAACCA